CGGAAGCGGCCGCCAUGAGCCGGUUCGGGGGCCGGCUGCGCGAAUACCCUCAGCUGUCCAUCGACCGCUUCGACCACGACAACCUGCGCGCGCGCGCCUACUUCCUGUCGCACUGCCACAAGGAUCACAUGAAGGGGCUGAAGGCGCCCGCCCUGAGGAGGAGGCUGCAGAGCAGCUUGAAAGUUAAGUUAUAUUGCUCUCCAGUAACUAAGGAAUUGCUAUUGACUAACUCGAAAUAUGAGUUUUGGGAGAAUCACAUAGUUGCACUGGAAGUUGAAACUCCUACUCAGAUUUCUUUAGUAGAUGAAACAACUGGUGAGAAAGAAGAUAUAGAGGUGACACUCCUGCCAGCUGGCCACUGUCCAGGAUCAGUCAUGUUUCUGUUUCAAGGUGAAAAUGGCACUGUGCUGUAUACAGGGGAUUUCAGGCUUGCAAAAGGAGAAGCAGCCCGAAUGGAGCUUUUGCAUUCAGGGACCAGAGUAAAAGACAUCCAGAGUGUUUAUUUGGACACCACUUUUUGUGAUCCUAGAUUUUAUCAUAUACCAAGCAGGGAGGAGUGUUUAAAUGGGAUCUUAGAGUUAGUGCGAAGCUGGACCUCGCUCAGUCGCUAUCAUGUUGUGUGGCUGAAUUGCAAAGCUGCUUAUGGAUAUGAGUAUUUAUUCAUAAACCUCAGUGAGGAGCUUGGAAUCAAGGUACAUGUGAAUAAGCUUGAUAUGUUCAAAAAUAUGCCAGAAAUCCUCUACCAUAUAACUACAGACCGAUACACUCAGAUUCAUGCCUGUCGACAUCCUAAGGACGAUGACUACUUUCGAGGGAACAGGCUGCCCUGUGGAAUCACUUGCCAAAAUGGAACUCCCUUGCAUGUAAUUAGCAUCAAACCCUCCACUAUGUGGUUUGGAGAAAGGAUCAAGAAGACCAAUGUAAUAGUGAGGACUGGAGAGAGUACAUACCGAGCUUGUUUCUCUUUCCACUCUUCAUACAGUGAGAUUAAGGAUUUUUUGAGCUAUAUCUGUCCUGUGAAUGUAUAUCCCAACGUACUGCCAGUGGGUGGGUCAGAAGACAAAGUUAUGGAAAUAUUACAGCCGUUAUGCAGAUCAUACAGGAGAAACACAGAACCCAAGUAUAAGCCCUUAGGAACACUGAAGAGAGCCUGCAAAAGAAACUUAUCUGAUACAGAUGAAGAUGAGCUCUUUGAUACAGAACUAACCUCUGCAAAGCCUAAGAUUGCAAGAUAUCAGGGAGAAGAAAGUAAGCCAUCCAAAACUGCACAGUCUGAAAAUGCUGAAAGAAACAUAAAUGAGAGCACAGAAAGCUACAGAGCAAACACAACUUACACCUCUCUCAAGGUAGACUUUGUGGACUGUGAGGAGUCAAAUGAUGAUGAUGAUGACGAUGACGAUGACGAUGAUGACAAAGAAGAUGAUUCUGAAAAAAACACAGCUCAGGUUCUUUCCCAUGAGCCAGACGCCAAUUCCAUAACAAGUUGCAAUGGAAUACCUAGCAACCAGCAGGAGUCUAAUGCUGAUAUCCCUCGCUGGGAUAUGUUUUUUAAGUGUAACAAAGUAGAUGAAAGCUCUGAAAAUGAGGACAACUUCCCAUCUUCAGCAGAUGCUGGUGGGUCCCAGUCACUCUUCAGUGAUUCGGAUGGAGUGAGUGACUCAACUCACAUCUCCUCCCAGAAUUCUUCUCAGUCGACACACAUAUCAGAGCAAGGGAGCCAGGGCUGGGAUAGCCAAAUGGACACAGUUCUCAUUACCUCCCAAGAGAGAAAUGCUGCUGACUUCAGCUGCUUCAGCAGAUGUGGCAGCAGAACAGCUUUGCUAUCACACGAGACCCCCAAGGACAGUCAAGCUGACGACAGUAAGUGGAAACCACAUGGCCAAAAUCCAUCCUGUGCUUCUGAUGUCAUCUGUGACUUGAAAAGUGAAGACUGUGACAAAGAUGCAGAAGCUGGCACUGCUUCAACUCAAGAUCUGCUGGUGGAAAUAAGUGACAGUUCCAGGACUCCUGAUCUAGAACUGAAGAGGGACUCUCAGAGCUCCUCUGACUUUGAAAUCCCCUUAACUCCAGAUGCUGAAAUACCUCAACGAGAUAAACUGCACUACUUAUAUAAGAAGCUAGCAGCAGGUGAAAGCAUAAUGAGAAAAAACUCUCCUGAAAAGAGGUAGAACUGAUUAUAUCACGGUAAUAGUGAAAUUUGUUCUUUAAAUAAGAAAUUAUUCUUCCUUUUAUUGCUGUUAUUUGCAUUUAUGCUAAUCUAUGCAAUUUUUGUACUACAAUUACAAAUAGACUUGCAGUCUGUAUAACUUUAUUGUUCUUUCCAUGAAAUAUUGAAAGUGUUUCUGAAAAGGACUAUAAAAGCAUUCUACCUCCUAAGGUUUGGUUCUCUGAGGCUGUAACUAGAUUGAAAACAGACCAAAGAAAACUAGAGGUGGAACACUAAAUUAAAUUUAGUGUUUUCUUUCAUCAUGAGCUCUAAGAGUUUGCCUUCUACACAUGAUCUCAAGCUUUAAUAUAAUACCACAUGUUUAAUUAUGGGGGGAAGAAUAUGGUAUCUUCCCUGAAUGGCCAUGCAAACACUGAAAUGAGCUGCCCUUCAACUUCCUGAAACCCCAGCUUUUCACUGUGGUUAUUUUAAAGAACUGCAGAACAGAUGAGCCAAUGACAGCAGUGUUUUUGUACAAUCAAACUCAUCUCUCUUUAAACUGAGCAGAUAGCGUAUCUCAGUGCCUGUGGUUUAAAUCUAACACGCAACCACUUGUUAAUUCCUUUGUUUUGGUUUGGCAUUGCAGCUUUGGGUUCUUGUUAAACUUCAAUCCUUUCAGGAAAAAAGAUCCAAACAACAGAAGUAACCUCUAAGUUUCCCAGUCCACGAGGCUUAAGGCCUGAAUAAUUAAAAAGACUUUCAGCAUGACAGCUCUCCACACUGCAUACAUCUGUUUUUCUGGUAUCUGGAGUGAAAUGCAAAUAUUAAAAAAACAGCAUCCUGCUACUGCAGACAGUUGCAGGGGAAAAAAACUGCUGUCAUCUGUGUAUGAUUUGAAUUAUAUUCAAAUCCAUGUGUUUUUUCCACUGUCACUUUGCCUACUCUCUGUUCCUGGGAUUUUUUUAAAGUCCAAAAUACAGACCUAUCAACUUUUUUUUUUUUUAAGCAGGCUAAAAUGAAUGACACUCCUGUCGUAUUUACCUUUGAAUAAAGUCACAGAGAGCAGAAUUCUGUCUGUUGGCUUGAUUCCUUAACUGUAUGAUAAAUUUCAGAUCAGGGCUGAGUUUACAGUGUGCUUCAGUAGAUGGGAGCCUCACUUAUUUAUACCAGUUCCAAUCUGCCAUGAACUGAAUAGGAAACACACGAUUUCCUCAUGAUUGCUACAGUCCUCUCAGUGCUAAAACAUCUGUGUAUACGACAGCAACAAAUUGCAC